ACGCGCUCCGCGCGCUGUGGGCUGUGGGCUGUGCCUCCUCCAUGUCUGCGAUGUGAGGGACGAUGCUCGCCCGAGGCUUUCUUCUUUUGCUUCAGGAGUGCUACACACAGUAGCCAGUAGCUCCUCCUCCUCCUCCUCCUCCUCCUCCUCCUCGUGGAAGAAGCGAGGUCGUGCAGCAGCAGCAUCAUCAGCAUCAGCAUCACCCCACACCGUCCACGGAGCCUGACACGCAUGACAAGUAAAGGAGCUCUUUGACGGCGGCCAAGUGUGGUCUUCAAGCCCCACCGAGGACCGAGGAGCUACCUCUCUUCUUUUUUUUUUUUCCCCCCCUUAACCAACAAUCACCCACACGCUAAGAGCAAAGCACCGCUUAUGUGAGUCUUACCGUGUGUUAUACAUAUUUCUUUUGCUAGCGGCUUUGGUGAUUUGCAGCUUGGCGGCGGUUGUUUUCUUUGCUUUUGUCACGCGCGGACAAGACAAACUUGUGCAUGGCUCUCGUCAUGGAGCCCGUCAGCAAGUGGAGCUCCAGUCAAGUGGUGGACUGGAUGAAAGGACUGGACGACUGCCUGCAGCAGUACAUCAAGACGUUCGAGAGGGAGAAAGUCGGGGGGGACCAGCUGCUGCGUAUCACUCACCAGGAGCUGGAGGACUUGGGAGUGUCCAGGAUCGGCCAUCAGGAGCUCAUACUGGAGGCGGUGGACUUGCUGUGUGCGCUGAAUUAUGGACUGGAGACAGAGAAUCUCAAGAGUCUCUCUCAUAAGCUCAACGCAUCAGCCAAGAACCUGCAGAACUUCAUCGCGGGGAGGCGGCGCAGCGGCCAUUACGACGGCCGAGCCACUCGGAAGCUACCCAACGACUUCCUCACCUCCGUGGUGGACCUCAUCGCCGCUGCCAAAAGCCUUCUGGCGUGGCUGGACAGGUCACCGUUUGCUUCUGUGGCUGAUUACGGCGUCACCAGGAACAACGUGAUCCAGCUCUGUCUCGAGCUGACUACAAUUGUCCAGCAGGAUUGCUCCGUGUAUGAAACGGAGAACAAAAUCCUUCACGUGUGUAAAACUCUAUGUGACGUGUGCGACCACAUCAUCUCGCUAUCCUCGGAUCCCAUGGUGUCGCAGGCUGCGCAUCUGGAGGCGGUGCAGCUGCCCAACAUCAAAUCCACCGAGGGCUUGGGCAUGUAUAUCAAGUCAACAUAUGACGGUUUGCAUGUCAUCACCGGGACAACAGAGGGAUCUCCGGCGGACCGCUGUAAGAAAAUCCAUGCUGGAGAUGAAGUCAUUCAGGUCAAUCAUCAGACGGUGGUGGGCUGGCAACUGAAGAACUUGGUGAACCUCCUGCGCGGGGACCCGGCGGGCGUCAGCCUGACGUUGAAGAAACGCCCGCAGAGCACGCUCACCUCCACUCCUGCUCUGCUCAAGAACAUGCGCUGGAAACCUUUGGCUCUGCAACCGCUGUUCCCUCAGAGCCCCAGCAGCAGCGUCACCACACCGACCAGCACUUUAAGCACUCCGUCCAGGAGGGGCAGCUGCGCCCUGCAGGACCUCUACAUCCCGCCUCCUCCGGCCGAACCUUACGCUCCCAGAGAUGACAAAUUGAGCCUUCAGCGCGAUGACUCUCCGUCCGACCACGUCCAUCCCGGCAAGCGCUCCGACUCGCCAAAUUCUUACCUGGACCAGGAGUGUCGGCGGCAAUUCCCUCUGGUGGAGGAUGACUCCAUCCUGUGCUGCUACGAGUACGACCACGACCACGACCACGACCACGACCACGACCAGGAAGUGUCAUCCGUUCGCAGGGGCAGCACGCCCACCUACAGCAGACUCAGGCCUAUCUCCAUGCCGCUGGAGUACAACUGGGCGGCGGAGGACGACGAGAACCUGGCCAAGCUGAAGAGAGAAAAUUCGCUGCUGCGUUUCACGAGCGAAGACAAAGGCGCCGGGGGGGAGUUCCUGCUGGGCCGCAGCCUGAGUCACAGUCGGAGGAAGAUGGAGCGGGGCAGCAGCCCCACCCGCUACACGCUCAUCCCGGCCCUCCAGAUGGAAGUUUCCCUGUCCGCAUCCGGCUCCGACUCGGCCUCCCUCUACCACGUGUUCGAGCGAUCCUCGCUGCUGUCGAAGUCAAAGAAGAAGAGCAAAGCCGGAAGCCCCGUGGCCUCCAUCAGCAAGCGCCGGAUCUCCUGCAGGGACUUGGGUCAGGGUGACUGCGAGGGCUGGCUGUGGAAGAAGAAGGACGCCAAAACCUAUUUUUCUCAAAAGUGGAAAAAGUACUGGUUCAUCCUGAAAGGCACGUGUCUCUACUGGUACAUGAACGAGGAGGAUGAGAAGGCAGAAGGCUUUGUCAAUCUUCCGGAGUUUAAGAUCGAUCGGGCAACCGAAUGCAGGAGAAAGUUUGCUUUCAGGGCUUGCCAUCCCAAGAUAAAGACCUUCUACUUCGCGGCGGAAAACGUGGAUGACAUGUCGAGGUGGCUGAGUCGUCUCAGCAUGGCUGUGGCAGGCUACUGCGAGCGGGACCAAAUUCAGGACCGAGAUUACUGGAGUGAAAGUGACCACGAGGACACGGACGUGUCGUCCGUGAACAAACAGGACAGUCCGCCGCCGCCUUACGACACGUACCCCAGAACAGCAUCGGUGAGCCCCUUCUUGGAAGCAAAAGGCGGUCAUUUCCCCUCAUCCGACACCUUCCACUCACGUCCCUCGCCUCAGGAAGGCGGCGGCGGCGGCGGCGGCGGCCGCGCCAUCUCUCCCGGCCACAAAGCGAGCAACCAGCGAAACUCCUGGCAGGACCAGAUGGAGAGCAACGCCACGAUGCACUUCGUCCGGGCGUACCCCGCGGAAGAGGCGCCGCUGGAAUAUCGCAGGCAGUCCACGCUGCCCGCGCAGCGCGGCCCGCAGCGGGAACAGUACCGAGCCUUGCCCCUGCCCGUCAGGUCCGGCGCGGAUUCGGAGGCGGGAGGCAAGCCGCGCAGCUUCACGCUACCUCGUGACAGCGGACUUCACGCCAUGCUGGCGGCCGACGCCGGCAGCGCGGCGUCGGAUGAGAGAGCGCCUCGACGCUACCCGCCGGAGCGGCCCAGAGAGACAGGGCGUGGAAGAGACUCGAGGCUGCAGUCGGACUCGGUGGGGGAUUUGUACCGAGCCCUGGAGCACACCAGUCUGGCCGCCUCAGCUGACCACCGGUCAACCAGCGGCCUGGAGUACAAGCGCUCCUUUGUACGCAGAGUUCACGACCCCGUGCUCAGCGACAAGCUGCACCGGCUGCGCAUCCUCCACAGUUCUCUCAACAAUGUCCCUCUUCAAGACGCAAACCGCUCGUUGGGCUUUUUAGGCUGAUGUGCGAAAGCGGUCUCCUCAGGCCCCGCCUCCUCGCUGGAGAUGCAAAGGCCUCAUUUUCCUUCCUCCUUUUUCCCCCCACUCCCUUUUCAAGCAAUUCUACUGCUCAGAGUGUUACCCCCUCACACGCUUUCUGUAGUUUUAACCAUGAGAACGUUUUUCAAAGGUUCAGCACUGGUUUGAAUUGUUUUGAAAAAAACAAACAAAAAAAAACCACUUUGCGUGGCUGUCAUGGACUUGAUAUGGAGGGUUUCUUUGACUCACAUGCAUGGCUGUUUCCUGUCACUUUUUGCUGGAGUUAUGUGCGGCUGAUCAGAUCAGAUUGACUAUUUUGGAUGUACACUCCAUUUUGUUGUGUGUAUGAGUAUUAAUCUAUAUUGAGUGUGACAUCGCUACACAACAUCUUGAGGAUAUGUGCUGGAAUACAAAUCGUAAAUCAAGUGCUGUGCCUCAGUGAUUGUGAAUGUACAUUGUACUUUUCCAACAAUAACCAGAGAAGAUGUAAUAGCAAGCAAGGUUCCCUUAAAAUAGGGGUGAAACUAUCACACUCGGCAAUAAGGAAAUGAUAUUGUAAAAUAUACGGGAUGGUCACAAUAGUUGUCUAUUUUUGUAUGCAUGCACUCCUUUGAGUUGGGGCAACAAAAAAACAUUUGUUUCCCCCCCCCCGCCCCCAAGUGUGUUUAAUUUGGAGAAUACUGCUCGUCUCAACUGCCUCGACCUCAAGACUUAUUUUAAAAAGCUAAUUUCACUACGAAAGAGAUGAGGAGUAACUGUAUUUAUUAAGUGUUUAAUGUACAAGCAUGUUUUGUAAUACUGUACUAAAACAUAUGACCAUGCCAUUUAACUGCGCGUGUGCCAUAUUGCCGUAUCGUAGCUGCAAUACUUUUAUUUCAAAAUGGAAAUAAAGUAUGGCGUGGGCACACCAAAGAUGUCGUCGUCAUAAUUGUAUUUGAAGUCGCUAUUUGUGGACGCUCCUGGCCACACGCAGGAGCUCAGAAUAGGAUGCAUCAGUCGAUAAACAAUAAAGCGCAGUGAGUACUGAA